UCUGGCAGCACCCAACAGAGCCUCAGAGCCAAAGCACGCAGGAUGUGGGGGGGAAAAAAAGGGGACUUCUUCCUCAGUGAGGCUGUCCUGAGGGAGCUGACGUGAUCUGAAGUGGCACUCAUGCUGAGGUUUUCACUUGCGGAGAAUGCAGCCCAACGAGAGUUAUUGCUAAUCCAUCACAAGGAGAGCGCAGGCACAACCUGCUGCAGGACUCAGCUGCACAUUUGCUUUCUUUCUUUCUUUCUUUUUUAAUUUAUUUAUUUUUGAUUAUGAUUUCCUAUGAAGAGCUUCGGCCUGUUGUAACUUCUGGCUUUUUUAAGGAUGUGACAGUGCGAACUUUGGAGACACUCUGAAGAAAAUCAGUUUCGGGGUGGAAAUUCAUGGCCAAAUGCAGAGUCGUAGUGGGUGACCAAAAACAGUUCGGUGGCACAAUGUCCGCCAACCAGGGCAUGAACCGUCGCAGUGUCUACAAUUACUUCCUCAACAUGGUGGCCUAUCAGAUCUGCUGCUGCUGUGGGCCUGCUCCCUGCUCGCUCUGCUGUGCCUUCUGUCCUCCAGUCAAAUCGUCCACCAGCACUCGGGUCAUGUACACCAUCUUCCACGUCAUGAGCUGCGCUGUUUCCUGCCUCAUGCUGUCGCGCACCGUCUCUGAACUCGUCAGGGAAAAUGUGCCUUUCUUCAACGUGGUAUGUGAUCAGGCACAUGGUGGGGGUCAUUGUGAGAUGCUUGUAGGCUACUCAGCAGUCUACAGAGUCUGCUUUGGCACGUCCUGUUUCUACCUAAUGAUGGCCAUCUUCCUUGUUGACGUCAAGUCUAGUCAGGACUUCAGAGCACUCAUACACAAUGGUUUCUGGUUUCUGAAACUUAUUACCUUGCUUGGGAUGUGCGCUGCUGCCUUCUUCAUCCCAACGGAGUCAUUCCUCCAUGCUUGGCAUUACGUUGGUGUGGUGGGAGGAUUUGCCUUCAUCCUCAUCCAACUUAUUCUCAUCACAGCUUUUGCACACACCUGGAACAAAAACUGGCUUACUGGAGCAGCAGAAAAUAAACGGUGGUAUUUGGCGGUGAUGUGCGCCACUCUUUUCUUUUACACUAUCGCCACAAUGGCCUUCACCUUCAUGUAUAAAUACUACACACACCCCAUCGCCUGCCAAUUCAACAAGGCCCUGCUGUGGAUCAACUUGGGACUCUGCUGCCUCAUGUCCUUCAUUGCUGUCACACCAUGCGUAAAACAGAAGCAACCCCGAUCGGGGCUCCUUCAGGCCUCCAUCAUAAGCUGUUAUGUCAUGUAUCUCACUUUUUCUGCAUUGUCUAGUCGCCCUCCUGAAAAAGUUGUGUACCAGGGCAUGAACAUGACAGUAUGUUACCCCAGCGUGAGGCAAGACGGGAUCCAGAAUGAGGGCAAUGCCGUGGCCAUCAUCGGAGCUGCAAUCAUGUACUGCUGUGUUCUGUUUGCAUGCAACGAAGCAUCCUACCUUGCAGAGGUAUUCGGGCCAUUCUGGAUGAUCAAAGUAUACCGUUAUGAGUUCCAGAAAGCCACCUGCUGUUUCUGCUGCCCCGAAGAGGAGGAAGUGGAGGAAGAGUUUGUGAUUGAUGAUGACACCAAGGGCUGCCAGAAGGUUAUUCAUAACGAGACGCAGAGAGUGGCCUACAGCUACUUUUUCUUCCAUUUUGUCUUCUUCUUGGCCUCGCUUUACGUCAUGAUGACCCUCACCAACUGGUUCAGCUAUGAGUCGGCAGUGCUGGAGACCACCUUCACCCACGGGAGCUGGUCUACUUUCUGGGUGAAGAUGUCAUCGUGCUGGGCCUGUGUGAUCCUCUACCUCUGGCUGCUGCUGGCCCCCUUGUGCAGCUGCCAAAAUGAUUCCAGACCUCGCCGAUCCCGCAUCAAACGACGAUCACCGUCCUCCCGUCAUGUCACGGUCAGCGUCUGACAUACAGCCCGGAGGAUGGGAGGUCACGUGACUCCAUUUCCCUUCAGGGAUGCACCGUUGAGGUGUCACGGACGGCGGUCGCUUGGUUCACUGAGUCAAAGAUUCACAUCGCUGUGAGACGGUCUAUUCAAUGGGCCCAUAUGACUUCGUGAUAUCGCUUGAUAUCACGAAGUUCAUCAAGACUUGACUGUAUAAAUUGCCAAAGUGAACCGAAGAGCUGAACUGUCAAACUGUAUGAUGAUAAAAAAUACAGUGACUAUGGUGCAUGUGUUUUAUCACUUAAAGAGAAUUUCUACAUCAUUGUAGAAAACGCAACACAAGACGUGGCCACUGUGACAUUACCUGUCCUCUUUUAUCCUUUUUAAAAAGACAGUUUUAUUGCAUUUUUGCUUUGAUCCAGAAGUUAGGAUUGUAGGUCUGGUCCUGGCUGAUGUUGGUGAGAACAUGGGAUCACACUUUUUUUUCUUUUUUUUUUUAAAGAACUGCACAUAAUAUUUUACAUAAAAUAUUUUAUACACUUCACAUGUUCUCAAACGGUCAAUGCUUUGACACGAUGGGCCCUAUUUUCGUCGACAGGGGCAUGUGCGUUCGGCAUGAAAAAUGGCGCAUCUCGAUUUUCGAGAUGGCGCAAGACCUGUUUACAGUGUUUGGCAAUUUGGCAGACAGCGUUGUCCCUGACUGUGCAUUGUGGUGGACCGAGGGCAUUUGCUAUUACACACCCGCUGACACUUUGGUGACAAAAAGUAGACUAGAAUUUAGACCAGCUAAAAGCAGGUCUAAGUUGUGGUGCAGGUGGCGGAGUGUUAUUUGGGUGGAUUUGAUCGUAGCGUGGGCAGAAAUCUGGGCACGUGUGCCGGAUUUCAUCGUAUUUCAUUUCGAAAUAUGACAACAACAUGCAUUGAACUAUCUGAAUCCUUGUCGAAAUCAAUGAAUUGAACAAAUUAUGACGAUUAUCAUAUUUAAUAAUUUUUGAAGGCACCCCUCUGACUGCAGCACAUCUAUGGGCCCUGGGGGGUUGACACACAUGGACUUACCAUUGGGGGAAGAAGGCAGUGCCCCUCCAUAGCGGUCACCUUUACAUCAACCACAAGUGGAGAUCUUGCAGUUCCUUUGAAAUGUACUUUGCACACACAGAUCUCCUGCAUCGACCAUACAGGCCAUUUUGAAUGUGCCCCUUCUCUCUGCACUGAAUUUAAAGGGAAUGAGCAGAGACGCUUCAGUUGGAUGGCAAAUAAUG